UUAAACGAAGAGACGAGCUGUACCCGUACGACGGCGAAUCCUAUCUUCCCAGCUGAGCUAUUUUUGCUGUCAGUCUCCCUUUACGGAGACGUGAAUGAGGGGUGAGAGACGGAGAGCUGUAGCCAAUAAAGACAGUCCCUGUGAAGUUAGCCCUGCCUCUCAGAUCCACUGCUUUGUUUACAUUAUACUGCAGUGAAAUCUGGACCCCAGAAGGCUGUCUUUGUCUCUAUAACGCUGUGACCCAAGACUCCACAUCUGCAGCUGUGACCCAAGAUGCCUCUGAAAGACGAGGGACCGUCCUCCAGCGGCGAGGAGCAGGGCAGUGACGUGGAGUCUUCGUCAGAGCGCUGUGACAGCAUGACGUCAGCCAGUGACCUGGACUGUUCCCGGGAAAGCUUUACCAGCGACUGCUCCAGCAAACAUUGCUCUCCCUCCUCAAGCCCUCCCAAAACCUUAACCCUGGACGAAGUCAUGGAGUCUGCCAAAAGCCUGUCGAAUCUCAGCAUUGCCCAUGAGAUCACUGUGAACCCGAACUUCCGCCUGGAGCUAAACAGCCUACCUCAGGACAGUUUGUGGAAGUUAGUGCGAGAUAAUGUCCACAAGGCCUUCUGGGACAUCCUGGAGUCAGAGCUAAAUGACGACCCGCCUGAGUAUGGACAAGCCAUCAGAUUAUUGGAGGAGAUCAGAGAGAUCUUGCUGUCAUUCCUAAUCCCUGGGAGCAGCCGAAUGAGGACCCAGAUCAUGGAGGUGCUGGACAUGGACCUGAUUCGUCAGCAGGCUGACAACGAUGCUGUAGACAUCCAAGGGCUCGCCUCUUUUAUUAUCAACACAAUGGGCAAGUUUUGUGCCCCGAUUAGGGACGAGGAAAUCAAGAAGCUCCGUGAAAGCACGGACAGCAUGGUAAACCUUUUCAGGGAGAUCUUCCGUGUGCUGGACCUGAUGAGAGCGGACAUGGUCAACCUCACGAUCAAUAAUCUGAGGACUGUGCUGCACAGGCAUGGUGUUGAGUAUGAAAGGGCAACUUUCCAGGGAAUCCUGGACAAAACUCCUAGUGCUCUGGAGCACACCACAUCGUGGAUUAAAUCAGCACUGGAGGAGCUGCAGUCGACCGCUGCCACCACAGAACAAACCAAAGGACAGCGAGUGGUGCCUGGGCCCUUUCAGGUCAUUAAUACCGCCUUCCUCAGCCUCCUUACAUGGGAAUACAGUCAGAAGUCUCUACCUGAGACAUUGAUGACCGAUGAGACACGUCUGCGAGAGAUUCAGUGGCAGCUGCAACAAGUUCAGGCAGUGAACGAGGUGCUGCUCAUUGUCUACAGCACCAUCGGAGGACCCAUCCAGGGUCUGUCGUCUCUCUCUGAGCGUCUGAAGAGGAUGACGAGUGUACUGCUGGAAGGAAUGCACAGCCCGAGCUUUAAGCUUGAAGAGGCACUAGAGGGCGUCAGUGCUCAGAUCUGCUGUGAGCUCAACAAGUCUUUAACAGAGAGGGGCUACCCUGCACUGACCCCAGCACUGCAAGAAGCGCUUAAAGGACAGAUCUGCAGUAUCACACAGAAGGAGAACCCUAUCCGCACUCUUGUUGAGGAUCGUGUGCAGCAGUACUUCAAGGCUCUCAUUUUCACCCCAAAGCCUGAAGCCAAACUUGAACAAGUACCAGCCGGCCUGACGGCCAUCAAACCUGAACUGGCGUUGAUCGGGGCGAAGUUCAACUCCUUGGUCGACUACAACAAAAUGGUCUAUGGACCGUUCUACGCAGAUAUCAUCAGGAAGUUGUUGUUCAGCGACGGCCCAGCAGCAGAGAACCCUCCUCAGGACCCCCCUCAAGAUUCAGUCAUCUCUGAAUAAAUACGAACUGUGGCUAAAGCCGCCUGAGUAGUCUCUGCUUGUAGUUUUAGCUAAAGCUAAGGAGGUACUUCGACAGCUGGGCAGUGAUGCUGCUUUUGCUAAGCUAGUACGCUCAAACAGUUGGAGUUACCUUUAACUUGUAUUAAUGUAGUAUUUAUGACUACAUUUAGCAGUGAGGCACUGCACCAUGAGGUCAACAUUUAAUGUGACCUUCAUUCUUUGUUAUAGAUGCUUUUUAACAUGUACAGCUACAAAACAGAAAAUCAGUGUCAUCAGUUCAAGUCUGGACCUAAUAGUAACCUGCAUUUAAAUGAUCCUGCAGGAAAACUCCCAUUAUUGUGGAAAGAUGAAGGGCAAACCCUGCCAACAUCUAAAAGAGAUGGAAAGAUUUAUAAAGCAAAGAAGAGGAAGAUUAUAUGGUAUAUUUAGAAAAGUAGCAGAGUAGUGUAACAGAUUCUUUCAUGCUGUUUACCUAAGGUAGCUAUACUAUUCCAACUUUGACCAUAUUUAUGCAACAAUAUAAUAGCUUUUUCCUGUGCAGUUAGUCCUUUUGUUUUUCCUUUACCUUUCGGCCAGAGAACUAAUGUUCUUGUUUUAAUCCACUGUUGUUACUCUAGAAAAAAAUGUCAAAAAGGGUGUUUUUCUUUGCUAAAAAAGAAGUAACAGUUGUCGCAUGAGUAGCUUUGUGUUGGUGUUAAUUCUUUGUUUUUACUUGAUUUGUUUGAUUUUUUUGUUAUAUGUGUAUGUUUUAAACUUUACUUACUUGCUGCCAGUGGAUUACUCGUUGUCUUUGUAACACUUUGAGGUACUGUAGUUGUUACAGUAUGGCUGUGUUGGCUGUUAGGAAAGGAAGGGUGCUGAACUUAAGAGUCGUUUUGACACAUUUCCAAUGGACUGAUCAGUGUGGAGGAAAAAGCAGUUAUGUACUUAUACAGAAGUUUACUUGAAAAUGUGGGAAGUUAUUGUUCUUCUUUUCUUUACCACAAUUAAUAUAAAAAGAUUAAAAAGAUAAUCAAACAUG